AACUAGGAAGUGUACGGGUAACUAAUGAAAACUGUAGAUUGAAGCCAUGAAUAAUUGAAUAACGACGGUUAUUCUGUUAAGUAAUGCAAAACGUACACUGCUUUUAACAAACAUCGAUAGAAGGCGAUUCAUUUUACCACUAAAAGGUUUAUGGCUCUGCCGACCCUCUCGGCCCACGUGUCCAGUCGGUCCCGGGUGAUGGCCGGACAGCUGGCCCGGCAGCGGGAGCAGGAGGCCCGGUGUCGACAGCAGUGGGAGCUGCAUGCUCAGUACUUCAAGGAGCAGAGUGUCCACAGCCAGAGACAGGAGGCUUGGAGCUCCCGUCAGUCCUACCAGCAGAGUAUGUCGGCGUACCAUAAACAGAGACUGAAGGACGAAAAGAAGGCCAGUCUGGAGCAACGCAGGAAUCAGCUCAGGGCAAUGCUUCAAGAGGAGCAAGACCGGCUGGAGGUGGAGCUGAGGGAAGUAGUUCCUGACAGGAGCACAUUGGCAAGUCAGCUGGUGCAAAAGACUGGAGAGCUUCGUACAGCAAGAGAGGGAAGAAGAAAAAAGCUUGCACAAGAGCUGCUGAGGGAGCACUGGAAGAAAAACAACACAGAGUUGCGAGAGGUUGAGUCAGCAUUACAUAAAGAUCAUGUUGUCGGCCAAUGGCAGGAGCAGAUAUGUGAGAAGAAACAGCAAGAAGCGUCAGAGCAGGAGCAGAAGAGACGUUUUGAAAAUGAGUAUGAGAGGACCCGAAAAGAGGCUCUGGAGAGGAUGAAGCAGGUUGAGGAGAAAAGGAACGUAGAGGAGCUCAAGAGGGCGGAGGAACUUCGCAAACAGAUGGAAGAACUGAAGCUGAGAGAAGAGGAGGCAACUUGCUUGAAGAAGGAGCAGGAAGCUCUGCUGGUCAAACAAUGGGAGCUUGAGAAGUUAGAGGAGGAAAGGAGAAAGGUGGAGGAAAGACGAAAGAAGUGUGAGAUGGGGCAUUUCUUGAUCCGUCAAUAUCGUGCUCAGCUGAAGAGGAGAGCCCAACAAGUGCAGGAGGAGCUGGAGGCCGACCGUAAGAUCCUGGCAGCCUUGCUCGAAGGACAGCAGGAAGACAGGAAGAUAGAGACUGCACGAAGGGAAAGGGCCAUCGCUGAUGCUGCAUGGAUGAAGCAUGUGAUUGAAGAGCAGCUUCAGUUGGAGCAGGAGAGGGAGGCUGAGUUUGACAUCCUACACAGAGAAGAAGCUCAACAUGUGUGGGAGAAACGAGAAGCACAGUGGGAGAAGGAGAGGAAAGCAAGAGAACGGCUCAUGCAGGAGGUACUUGUGGGGAGACAGCAGCAGCUUGAGCUUAAGAUGCAAAAGAACAGAGAGUCUCAGGAGGAGUCCCUGAGGAGACGAGAGCAGCUGAUUCAAGAGCUGGAGCUGGAGAGGGAGACCAGACGCCAGGAGCAGGAGCAAGAAGGGUGUCGUAGGACGGAACGGAUGCAAGAGAUAGAUGCUCAGGUGGAGCAGCAGCGCCAAGAGCAGUCAAAGGAGCGUUGCAAGAUAGAGCAGGAGGAGGAGGAGGACAGGGAGGCCCUUCAAAUCCAGGAGGAGGAGCUGAGGCUGGAGAUGCAGAGGAUGGCCAAUAAAGGGUACCAGGAGAAGAUUCAUAGCAGACCUCGAUCAGCAUGGACAUGAGCUACGUGCCUGAAGCCAAAACAAAAUUGUGAGAUGUAUAUUUUUCUACCUGUGAAUCAGCUUUAAAUGAUGAGUUACGCAAUGUUUCCAAGUUUGUCUUUAAACAAAGCUCAUGUGCCUAUAUGUAGAUCGCUACAUGUAGUUAGUGGUCACUGUAAUUGUUCCUCCUGUCCAUGAAGAGAUCCCUUCCUACCGCGAUUCAAAGUAUCUAAUGGACAAAAUCCACAAUCCUCAAUCAAUGAAAACAUGCAUUUCAACCUUCAUCAAAUUGAGUUGGGAUUUUCUCUUUCAAUCUGGUUUUCUUGCUGAGCCAUAAUGAAGAGACAAUAUCACAAGGAGAACAUUUUGAAUGCAAGUUUUGAACAGAUCAAGGACUGUGAAUUUAGGCUCCAAUCUCUUACAUACACACAGGAAUGUUAAUUUAUCCUUUAUUCCCUUUUAAAGAAUGACGCAGGUUAUGAGGUCAUAUUGUGCCAUCCUUAUGUUGUUAAUUUCAUACUGGUUGUUUCCAUAUGUAGAAAAUAAUUAAUGGAUUUGUUUUGCACAUUUUUUUUUAGAGCUGCAUAUUUUCUAUCCUGAAUUUGUAGAUUAAAUAAAACUAUUUAAAUCAAAUAGUUUCUGUU